AAUGGGCUCUGGGUACGAGGUGAACCACUGGGAUAAACUUUAUAGGAUCUGCUAAUUCUUUGUUGAGAGGAGGAAAAAUGCUUUUGUAAUUCAGUUUUAGUAUUAUUAGAAAAUCGUCUGGGAUCAACCAUUUCAAAUACCUAGCUCAUCUUUGGAGCGGCCAUUCUUGUGGUUUUUGCACCGUCGAGGCGUCGAACAGCUCUAUACUUACGUACUCUAUCCGCUGCUAAACAUUUGUUGUUCGUUUGUGAUUUUGUGGAUUUUUAUCGAUGUGAACAUGAGUGAUUAUUACGAGAUCUUGGGUGUUGAAAAGAGUGCAUCGGAGCAAGAUAUCAAGAAAGCGUACAGGAAACUUGCUCUGAAAUGGCAUCCUGACAAGAAUCCAGACAAUAAAGAAAAUGCAUCAAAAAUGUUUCAAGAAAUUUCAGAAGCCUAUGAGGUUUUAUCAGAUGAAGAAAAAAGAGCAGUUUAUGAUAAAUAUGGCAAAGAAGGCCUGAAAGGCUCAGUGCCACGUGAAUAUUCCCAGGAGUUCAAUCAUGGAUUUCAUUUCAGAAGCCCGGAAGAAAUAUUUAGAGAUUUCUUUGGAGGCGAUCCGUUCAGUAACUUCUUUCGCGAUCCUUUUGCGGAUAGCUUAUUCAAUGGGGAUAACAGACACGCUGGUCGGUCGAAUCGUAGAAACGACAGGCGUGAUAUAGCUCAUGGUUCGUUCUUUGGUGGUGGCUUUGGUGGUGGCUUUGGUGGUUUCUCAACUGACUUUGGAUUCGGAAGUUCUUUUGGUGACAGUUUUGGAAGUGGAAGUGGUGGAAGAGGAGGAAAUUUCAAGUCAGUAAGCACAUCGACUAAAAUGCAAAAUGGCAAGAAAGUAGUCAAAACGACGAUCGUACAGAACGGUAAAGAAACUGUGGAAGUCAAAACAGAUGGUGUGGUCACAUUUAAGACUAUUGACGGCGUGCCACAAGACUUGCCUAAAUUAAAGUCCAAGUAAAUCGUCGAAUAUGAAUAAUUUUAAUACUACUAUAUAUUUUCUGUAUAGAAGUCGCGCGAUUAAUUGUUGCAUGUAAUAAUUGUGCGAAAGGCCCAAUACAAACUGCAUAAUUUUAUUUAUAGCAAAUCUAUGGCUAAAUAUGGUUGAAAAAAAUUAAAUUUUGCACUUUUAUUGCUUGCGCUAUGUUUGCAAGAACAGUGGACUGACAGUUUUGAGGUAAAAGGAUUUUGUCUUGCACGAUCAAGCUAUCCCCAAGGCCCAAGUUGCAAAGUCCUUUUAUCUUAUUCCCAAGAUAUUUGCAAACAAAAACGUUCGCCAUCUUGUUUUAUAGUGAGACUGUUUGCGGAGACGUCAUGUUUGAAACACUUCGGAAUCAAUGCACUAAUGACUCGGGAAUUUGAAGCUAAACGAAAUUUACCCAGGCCGAGGACGAAGUUUUCACGUCAUGCAUAUCUAAGUAUAGAUACGCAUAUAACCAAGAUGGCGCAUGUUUGGUGUUUAAAUACGUGCACAAAUAUCUUAAAAAGUAUGAUCUAGUUGUUAGGGAUGUUUUGUCAACUAGAAGAAUAGCAGCCAGUGUAGUUUGUAGUCAUAAAUAACCCCAAUGACAACGCUGCAACAUAAACAUGCACGAUUAAAAUAACUUGUCAAUCUCAAAAUUUUUCAAUGAUGGCGUCCUGAAGUUUUUCUGAUUUCUGAAUUCGGGGCGUUAUACAAUUUGCAGUAGGCCAGUAGCCUUUGUCUUUGGGAGAUAAUUCUGUUAUAUAUGCCGUUAUAUAAGUUGUGUCGUAGUAGCGAUAGGUAAAACUAAAAUGAAAACGAGGCGCUUGGUGUAAUCAAAAUAAAUGAUAUCUUUCAGUUCGUCUGGUA